GCGCUGAUGUUCAAUAACGAGCUUAUGGCUGACGUUCACUUCGUCGUGGGCCCGCCGGGGGCAUCCAAGAAAGUUCCUGCCCAUAAGUAUGUUUUGGCAGUCGGUAGCUCCGUGUUCUAUGCUAUGUUUUAUGGCGAUCUCGCAGAGGUCAAAUCUGAAAUCCAUAUACCAGAUGUGGAACCUGCAGCCUUUCUAAUCCUAUUAAAAUACAUGUAUAGUGAUGAAAUAGACCUGGAAGCUGACACGGUUCUGGCUACGCUGUACGCUGCCAAGAAGUACAUCGUGCCGGCCCUAGCAAAGGCUUGCGUCAAUUUUUUGGAGACCAGUUUAGAAGCGAAGAACGCCUGUGUCCUGCUGUCUCAGAGCAGGCUCUUCGAGGAGCCAGAGCUGACGCAGCGCUGCUGGGAAGUGAUUGAUGCUCAAGCAGAAAUGGCACUGAAGUCAGAGGGUUUCUGUGAGAUAGAUCAACAAACACUAGAGAUCAUUGUAACCCGGGAGGCGCUCAACACCAAGGAAGUGGUCGUUUUUGAGGCUGUUCUCAACUGGGCAGAGGCUGAAUGCAAAAGGCAAGGGCUGCCGGUGACGCCACGCAACAAGAGGAAUGUAUUGGGAAAAGCUUUGUACUUGGUGCGGAUUCCGACCAUGACUUUGGAAGAGUUUGCCAACGGAGCUGCCCAGUCCGACAUCCUCACCCUCGAGGAAACUCACAACAUCUUCCUAUGGUACACGGCCGCCAAUAAACCCAAACUAGAGUUUCCGCUGACAAAAAGAAAAGGACUCGUCCCUCAGCGAUGCCACCGGUUUCAGUCGUCUGCUUACCGCAGCAAUCAGUGGCGGUACCGAGGGCGGUGUGACAGUAUUCAGUUUGCUGUAGACAAACGGAUAUUUAUAGCAGGACUGGGAUUGUAUGGGUCGAGCUGCGGCAAAGCUGAAUACAGCGUCAAAAUCGAACUGAAACGCUUAGGAGUUGUUCUUGCUCAAAACCUGACAAAGUUUACCUCCGACGGCUCCAGUAACACUUUCUCUGUGUGGUUUGAACACCCUGUGCAGGUUGAGCAAGACACAUUUUACAACGUAAGUGCUAUUCUGGAUGGUAACGAACUCAGUUACUUUGGGCAGGAGGGAAUGACUGAGGUGCAGUGCGGGAAAGUGACAUUCCAGUUCCAGUGCUCCUCGGACAGUACUAACGGAACCGGAGUACAAGGAGGACAGAUACCUGAGCUCAUUUUCUAUGCAUGAUGCGUUUCACCUUGAUUGUAUUCCAGUACUGCCGUGAUGCACAUUAAGGGAUUUUUCAGUUUGACUACAAACUCCGCAGCAGUGUGGAAUGUUACGCUACUUACCUAUCUGCUACAUCAGGCUAUACAAAUAAGUGAAGGAAUGCUCUUGAAUUUAAUCUUAUUUUAUUUAUUCAUAAGCUAUUUGACUUAAUUAUUAAGACUGCAACAAGCAGAAAAAUGUUAAAUUUUGCACGUACUGUGCAUUUAUUUUGUAUAUAGAUAACUAACUUGCAGACUGCAGCUGACUUAAACAGAAUGUUCUAAACUAGAGCAGUUUAUGAAUCUGUGAAAUAUAAAAUGUUUCUACUUGGCCUAAA